UUGACUGCCGGAAGCUUGCAGAAACUUUCCUGAAGCCCACUCAGGUAUUACUAUGGGAGUCUGAAUGGAAAAAAAGAGUUGAUCUGACGGUGGUGGAAAACAUGGACUUACAACAGGGAGAUCCGCGGCGAGUCGUCACAGCAGACAUGAUGCUGGGUAAAGGAGCAUUCGCUGAUCCUCAGGUACAAGCCCGGCUGCAUGAAGCUAUCUUGCAGCAAACACAGACACUGGCACGUCAAGCAUUUAAGAUUGUUCCUGAUAUGGGGGUGCCAGUUCCCUCAUAUACAACUAUUAUUCAAAAACCUAAUGAGCCUUUCAUGACCUUCUUAGACCGCCUAAGAGCAGCUCUGGAUCGUAUACCAAACAUGUCGGCUGAAGUAAAGGCGGAAAUAGGAUUACACUUAGCAGUUGCUAACGCUAAUCAUGACUGCAAAAAGAUCCUGCAGGCUCUCCCGCGGACAGCAACUUUGGUCGACAUGAUAGAAGCCUGCUCUAGGGUAGGAUCGUCAGCACAUUUAGCUGAGGCAAUGGCAACAGCAUUGAAACCUUUAGUUCAAGCCCACAAAGGAGAUCGGAGGCCAAAGUGCUUUAACUGUGGAAAAAUAGGACACGUGAAAAAUCAAUGUCGGUCCAGACCAUUGGUAUGGACAAACAGCUCCGCCAGGCCAUCUGGGUCCAAUGGCAGAUUUCAUGGUAAUUGUUACAGAUGUGGCAAGUUUGGCCAUAGAGCCACUGAGUGCCGCUCUCGAGUGGCCAGACAUACAAUGCCUAAGGGAAACGGGUUGACGAGCGCAAAAAGGGCGAGCGCGAUGACACAAAAACGCCGUUCAACACCAAGAGCUGCCUGGAUGGCCUCAGAUCAGCCACUGCAGGAAGCGCAGGAGUGGAUGUGGAAACAGCAGUAGAUGUAACCAUCCACAACACAGAGGGAAAGGCCUGGACCAGCAUCGCAUUCUACAAGAAGUGAACCGACAGUUAAGCAACUCCGGGUUGGUGAUCGCGCCAGAGAAGGUACA